CUCAGUCCUGACGAAGAGACGACUCUAUUCCCUCCCAAAUGAAGCUGCUGCUGCUGCUGCUGGGUCUGGGGCUGACCCUAGCCUCUGUCCAUGGACAGCCGUUUGAUCCCAAAGAGCUUGAGGGGGAAUGGUAUACCAUUAGGUUGGCCUCUAGCAGAAGAGAAAAGGUAGAAGAAGAAGGAAGCAUGAGAGUCUUUAUGGAGCACAUGAAGGCCUUCAAGAACAAAUCCAUAGGCUUCGAAUUCCAUACUAUUGUAAAUGAAGAGUGCGUUAAACAUUACGUGGUUGCUGAUGAAACAACAGAGCCUGGUAAAUACAGUGUUGAAUAUGACGGACACAAUAAAUUUACUUUAUUUGAAGCAGACCCUGAUGUUUACGCAAUAUUUGAGCUCACUAAUUUCAAGGAUGGGAAAUCAUUCAAGCUGGUGGUGCUCUAUGCUCGAGAACCAGAUGUGAGCCAGGAAAUCAAGAACAAGUUUGAGGAUCUACGUGAAAAGCACGGAAUUUCAAAGGCAAAUAUGGUUGACCUAACCAAGGCAGAUGCCUGUCGCCGCACUUGAGAUGGAGGAGACGCCUGACCCUCCAGUGCUGAGUGGGGACUUCUCGCCUGGACUCCAGCAUCAUCCCUUCCUGUCCACACACCAUCCUGUGACAAGUUCUCACGUCUGAGUCCCAUCCUAUCCCACAGGAAAUCGUAAUCCCUGCCUCUUCAGCAUCUUUCCUAAUUACCUAGGGUGACUCAUCAAGAAUCAAAGCUUGCUUUAAAUUUCUCUUUGCCACACCCAUGACAACUCUUCAUGAAUGUCUUCCUCUUCCUGUUCAAUAAAUGAU